GCUAUGGGGGUGCAAUGACUAAUCCAGGGGUAGCUAUAGCGCCCCUCUGGCACCACCACUGCAGGCAAUUGCUUUGCAGCACUCCAGGUGGCAGAGAACAAGAACUUCUCCGUCUCCAUUAAUGUGUGCGCGCGAUUCCAAACUAGAGUUGACAAGAGUAUAAAUCAGGUUCAAGUCACCUCCCCUUAAGGUUGGCUCUUGGGUCCCUAGAACAACAACAACAACAAAAAAGAAUACAAGGGAAAGGAGCUAUAAAAUCAUUUUUUUAUCCACUUAACCUUAAGCCCUGAAUCGCACAUGUGUUGUACUUUAAUUUAAAUUAAAAAGGAAUUCUGUGUUUAAACUGUCGCAUAAGUAGAGAUUUAUUAGCUUGUAAAAACUCGUAAUUAAAAUGACUACAAAUCCAGCGCUGCAUAUAUGACCUCACAGCAGAAUAUCUUCAACCUCCAGCUUAACUUGCCACAUGGCCAGAUUUAUAGUGGUUUUCUCCACGUUCAAUGCUCCUGUCGUCUUGGGAGAAGGAUUCGAAGCUUGCUAAACUAAGCCAUUUUUCUUCUCUUCUUAUCCUUGUCUGGUUCUAUGACGUCAGUUUGGUGAGAUGAGCAUUUUUAUUCCAUUACAUCUUUUCACAAAAAACCUAAAAUAAGUUUUUCCACCUGUUGAAAAUGAGCAUUUUCUUGAAGUCAAAACGUGUUUUUAAAUUGUCAUUUAAAUUCAUCAUAUGUGAAAUACAUGGCGCCUAUCAAAUGGGGUCAGACAAUAACUUUUAUGAGCUCAUGAACUCCCAUCCAUAUUUUUAUUAUUUUUGCGGCAGGUGGGCCCAUGGUCUGGAAGUAGGUGGACGUGACUUUAGCUUCAGAUAAAGUGCUUUGUUUGUAGCAAAGCCUUGUGGGUAAUGACAUCAGAAUAUUGAAACGGCUCUGGUUUCUGAAAUGUCUUACUGAAUGUGUGGUGAGUGGUUAGUACAACGAUGAUUACAAAUCCCACUUUAAAUACAAAGUUUACUGAUGAGUGGAUUAACUGAUCUCUGACUAGGUAAUUAAGCCAAGAAAUAAGGCUAAAAAAGGUCAGUUGCACACAUUUGCUAAACCCAUCUGUCUGUCUUGCACCUAUUUAUCAGCCACAUUUAGUGUAGUUCAGCUAGUCUACAAAAAAAUUAAAAGAAAGCAGUCUUCAUAGGUUAUUCUUCAAACAGAAAAGGUGAAGUGUACAGACUUUUUUUGCCCAGCUGUUUUUGUGCAUCAUUUAUCAGACCUAAAAGUUACCCACAUCACAGCUGAGCUUCAGACGGCAAGUUUUAGAGUCCUAUUUCCUGAUAUUUGGAUAUCUCGCCCUGGAUUGGAUAACAGCAACGUUGACGUUUUAUCUCCACAAAUGACACAAGCCUAGAGGGCUUCUGCAGUGUGGUGGUGUUGCUAAUGCUAACAGUUAGCUUAAACUAGUGGAGACAUCCUCUACUGAUUCCCAGACGUUAAAACAACCAUUCAAGUCAUAAGUCAAGAAGGGUGAGUCCAUGAAUGCUAAAUCAGUGUGAUGUAGAUCAGUCAGGUUUUUCAAAUCCUUGCAUUUCAGUGUCUAUUUUCGAUCAGAAGCUAAAACAGGAGAUAGGUGUAGGAAACUAUUUUUAUGUUCGGCCUGCAUGGAAAACUGAGUGACCAAUAUUAAUUGGAAAAAACAUUAAAAAUGUCUGAAUCAAAAUAUGGAAAAAGGAAAUAGCUACAUACUCUUAAUUUCUGCAGAAAAUAGAGAAGCUUAACACUUAGUCUCUAUCACAGUUGGUGUCACACAUUACAUUGUGGUGUGAUGUUGCAAAACUAUAGAGCUGACAGGCCUUGGCUAGCUUCUGCGUUUACCGCAUGCCAAAGUGAGCCAAAUUAUGGCAAUGAUGUUCCUGUCACACUAAAGCAGUUUUUUGGGUUUACUGUAGAAACGUAGUUCACUUGUCAAUCCAUGAAUAUCAGAACCAAGAGUAGACCUAUUGCAACAAGGACCACACCUUUUUCAUUUCAGUUAGCAGUAGCACACAAGGGCAAUGGACAAAUGUAUCGGUGAAUAAAUUUCAAAACAAAUUAGCAUCUCUUUAUAAACUUGUCUUUUGUUUUGUCAAGUAAAAUGUAUGUAAAGAAGCAAAAUUUUGCUCUCUACUUUCCAACCAUAAAACCUCGAUAUAUUUUGAAGUUAUUUUGACCAAUAUGCAAAGCAACCACUACUAUUUGUCCCAUGCAUCAAAUAAAGGCAACCAACAUAAAAUACCUUAGAUCUAAACAUGUAAAACCUAAAAUCAGGUGAAUCAAGCAGACGCUUUGCAGGUUAGGGUUGAGUCUGGCUGUUGGAGGCGAGUGGAAGGAUAGUAACUCAAGUGGGUUCGGUGUCAUGGGCUGUGCUCCAAAUCUGAGACCCCUCCUAAACUGCUUCACAUGUUGUCCCACCAGCUGACCAGAGGCAUGUUUGAGAGUAGGAGCAUACUCACAAGCUGUUUCUCUUAAAACAGGACUACAUUAUUCCUGGAAUAUCUUCAUUAUAGUGCUUUUAUCUUUUAACACAAUCUGACACUUCAAUCUCUCGGUUUAAGGAAGUCCACAAAGAAGCGCAGCGAGUCUCCUCCAGCAGAGCUCCCCAGUUUUCGGCGGAGCACACGCCAGAAGACCACGGGCUCCUGUGCCAGCACCAGUCGGCGGGGCUCAGGCCUGGGCAAGCGCGGGGCAGCCGACGCUCGCCGACAGGAAAAAAUGGCUGACUCCGACAACAACCAAGAUGGGGCCAACUCGUCUACUGCUCGAACUGAUGAAGCAUCGCAAGGAGCUUCAGCUUCAAGCUCAGUUGCUGGAGCCGCUGGCAUGACGACCUCAGGAGAGAGUGAGUCAGACGAUUCUGAAAUGGGAAGGCUUCAAGCACUACUGGAGGCCAGAGGUCUACCCCCACAUCUGUUUGGGCCCCUGGGUCCCCGUAUGUCACAACUUUUUCACAGGACCAUUGGAAGUGGAGCUAGCUCCAAGGCUCAGCAGCUGCUGCAGGGCCUUCAGGCCACUGGUGAUGAGUCUCAGCAGCUCCAAGCUGCUAUAGAGAUGUGUCAGUUACUGGUGAUGGGCAAUGAGGAAACACUGGGUGGAUUUCCUGUCAAGAGCGUGGUACCUGCUUUGAUCACACUGUUACAGAUGGAGCAUAACUUUGAAAUUAUGAACCAUGCUUCACGAGCCCUCACGUACAUGAUGGAGGCCCUUCCUCGAUCUUCUGCCGUGGUUGUUGAUGCUAUUCCUGUCUUCCUGGAAAAACUUCAGGUGAUCCAGUUCAUUGAUGUAGCAGAGCAGGCCUUGACUGCUUUGGAAAUGCUGUCAAGACGACACAGCAAAGCCAUUUUGCAGGCUGGUGGUAUAGCAGACUGCCUGGUCUAUCUGGAGUUCUUUAGCAUCAACGCUCAGAGGAAUGCCCUGGCCAUCGCAGCCAACUGCUGCCAGAGCAUCACCCCAGAUGAGUUCCACUUUGUUGAUGAUUCUCUUUCACUGCUGACUCAGAGACUCACACACCAAGAUAAAAAGUCUGUGGAAAGCACUUGCCUCUGUUUUGCAAGACUGGUAGACAACUUUCAACAUGAAGAGAACCUGCUGCAGCAGGUGGCAUCCCGGGACCUGCUGACCAACAUCCAGCAGCUGCUGGUUGUGACUCCUCCUGUUCUGAGCUCCGGGAUGUUCAUCAUGGUUGUACGCAUGCUUUCGUUGAUGUGCUCCAACUGUCCGAGCCUGGCGGUCCAGCUUAUGAAACAAAACAUAGCAGAAACUCUCCGUUUCCUCUUGUGUGGUGCCUCAAACGGCAGCUGCCAGGAGCAGAUUGAGCUAGUUCCCAGAAGCCCCCAGGAGCUCUAUGAACUGACCUCCCUCAUAUGUGAGCUGAUGCCCUGCCUUCCCAGAGAGGGCAUCUUUGCCGUUGAUGUAAUGCUGAAAAAGGGCAGCGCCCAAACAACAGAAGGUGCUAUCUGGCAGUGGAGGGAUGACCGGGGCCUGUGGCAUCCUUACAACCGCAUUGACAGCCGCAUCAUUGAGACGGCCCAUCAGAACGGGGAAGAUGAGAUCAGUUUGUCGACUCUGGGCCGUGUGUACACAAUUGACUUCAACUCUAUGCAGCAGAUAAAUGAAGAUACAGGUACAGCACGUGGUAUCCAGAGGAAGCCUAAUCCUCUUGCUAACCCCAAUACAGGGAGUCACCAAGAGGUCCGUCGAGAAGAUGCACGAGCCCAGUUGAUGAAGGAGGAUCCUGAACUGGCCAAGUGCUUUAUUAAAACACUGUUUGGGGUCUUGUAUGAGGUGUACAGCUCAUCAGCUGGCCCUGCCGUUCGACACAAGUGCCUUAGAGCCAUCCUCAGGAUCAUCUACUUUGCUGAUGCAGAGCUGCUGAAGGAUGUGCUGAGGAACCAUGCUGUGUCCAGUCACAUUGCCUCCAUGCUCUCCAGCCAGGACCUGAAGAUUGUUGUAGGUUCUCUGCAGAUGGCUGAAAUUCUUAUGCAGAAGCUCCCCGAUGUCUUCAGUGUCUAUUUCAGAAGAGAAGGCGUAAUGCACCAGGUGAAGAACCUCGCUGAGUCGGAGAGCUUUCUUGUCACUAGUCCCCCAAAAGCCUGCUCUAGUAGUACUACUAGUCUCUGUACUACGACUAUCAGUAAUGCAUCCACAACGUCUGCUAACAAUGCAGCUCCUGACUUGGGCUCUCCCAGCUUCCAGCACACUAUGGAUGACUCCCUGGACCUCAGCCCACAAGGGCGGUUAAGCGAUGUUCUUAAGAGAAAACGACUUCCAAAAAGAGGACCCAGAAGACCCAAAUACUCCCCACCAAGAGAUGACGAUAAAGCUGACAAUCAGGCCAAGAGCCCUACCAGUACUCAGUCACCCAAGUCAUCCUUCCUGGCCAGCCUCAAUCCUAAAACCUGGGGAAAACUAGGUGCUCAAACCAACAACGCCAACUCCGAACCAUCACGCACAGCUGGAGUAAGUGGCCUGGCAAGAGCGCCUCCCAAGGACUCGAUUUCAAACAACAGAGACAAAAUAAAAGCCUGGAUCAAAGACCAGGCAAGUAAAUUUGUGGAGCGUUACUUUAACUCUGAAAAUGUGGACGGCAGCAACCCCGCGCUGAAUGUACUCCAGAGACUUUGCACAGCCACUGAGCAGCUCAACAUACAGGUGGAUGGUGGUUUGGAGUGUCUAGAGGAGAUCUCCAUCAUUGUGUCAGAGUCUGAUGUGUCAUCUUUUGAGAUCCAGCACAGCGGACUGGUGAAACAGCUGCUGGUCUACCUUACCUCCAGCUCAGAUAGAGACUUGCUGAGUCGUGAUGUGCGGCUGAAGAGGUUCCUCCACGUGUUCACCGGCUGUCCGGUUCCAGGAAUGGAGCCAUUAGGUCGUAUGGAUCCUACAGAGAAUGCACCUUACAUGGCCCUUGUGCACAAGAUGAACAGCUGUCUGAGCCAAAUGGAGCAGUUCCCUGUCAAAGUGCACGACUUCCCUAGUGGCAAUGGCAAUGGCAGCAGGGGAUCUCAGGCUCUGAAGUUUUUCAACACACAUCAGCUCAAGUGUCAGCUGCAGAGACACCCAGACUGCACUAAUGUUAAACAGUGGAAAGGUGGCCCUGUGAAGAUUGAUCCCCUCGCCCUGGUGCAAGCUAUCGAACGAUACCUCGUGGUCAGAGGAUACGGACGAAUUAGGGAAGAGGAUGAAGACAGUGAUGAUGACGGUUCAGAUGAUGAAAUAGACGAAUCCCUGGCAGCACAGUUCCUCAAUUCUGGUAGCGUGCGUCACAGACUACAGUUCUACAUAGGAGACCACCUGCUACCAUACAACAUGACCGUUUACCAGGCUGUUCGACAGUACAGUCUCCAGGCAGAGGAGGAGAGAGAGUCAACAGAUGAUGAGGCAAAUCCACUCGGUAGAGCUGGAAUCUGGACCAAAACACACACGAUAUGGUAUAAGCCUGUGAGAGAAGACGAGGAUGGCAGCAAAGAUGCUGUGGGUGGAAAGCGAGGCAGAGCUCAGACAGCUCCCACCAAAACCUCACCACGCAACGCCAAGAAGCAGGAUGAGCUGUGGCAUGAUGGUGUAUGUCCUACCGUCACCAGUCCCUUGGAAACAUACCUCACUACAGAGCCACCAGAGACCAUAACCUUUGAUGAUCCUUCCUUGGAGGUCACCCUGCUGCUGAGGGUCUUGCAAUCCAUCAGUAGAUACUGGUUCUACUUAUAUGAAAAUGCCGUGUGUAAGGAAGUGAUUCCCACCACAGAGUUCAUAAACAGUAAAUUGACUGCCAAAGCCAACCGUCAGCUUCAAGACCCACUGGUCAUCAUGACGGGGAACAUUCCUACCUGGCUUAUUGAGCUUGGAAAGACCUGCCCUUUCUUCUUCCCGUUUGACACCCGGCAGAUGUUGUUCUACGUAACUGCCUUUGAUCGAGACAGAGCCAUGCAGCGCUUGCUGGAUACAAACCCUGAGAUCAACCAAUCAGACUCUCAGGACAGCCGAGUUGCACCACGCCUUGACAGAAAAAAGAGAACAAUAAACCGCGAUGACCUCUUAAAACAGGCAGAGUCUGUAAUGCAGGACCUUGGCAGCUCCAGGGCCAUGCUGGAGAUUCAGUAUGAGAAUGAGGUGGGUACAGGUCUUGGUCCCACUCAGGAAUUUUACGCUCUGGUAUCCCAGGAGCUUCAGAGGGCAGAUCUUGGUCUCUGGAGGGGCGAAGAGGUUACUCUUUCCAAUCCUAAAGGAAACCAAGAGGGCACCAAGUACAUGUUCAACUCCAGAGGACUGUUCGCCGUUCCCUUUGGUCGGACAACUAAACCAGCACAUAUAGCCAAAAUCAAGAUGAAGUUCCGUUUCUUAGGAAAGUUAAUGGCCAAAGCCAUCAUGGACUUCAGACUGCUGGAUCUGCCGUUGGGACUUCCUUUUUAUAAGUGGAUGCUGCGGUAUGAGAUGUCUAUAAGCUCUCAUGACUUGACCAACAUUGAUCCUGGCGUGGCCAAGUCCAUCCAGCACCUAGAGGACAUCAUCCGUCAGAAGAAGAGGUUGGAACAAGACCGAUCACAGACUAGAGAAGCCCUACAGAUGGCCCUGGAGAGCCUGAACAUGAACGGCUGCUCAGUGGAGGAUCUGGGUUUAGACUUCACUCUUCCAGGAUUCCCAAACAUUGAGUUGAAAAAGGGUGGAAAAGAUGUCCCAGUCACCAUCUACAACCUUGAGGAGUACCUCAGGUUGGUGGUGUACUGGACUUUGAAUGAAGGAGUGUCGAGACAGUUUGAGUCAUUCAGGGAAGGGUUCGAGUCAGUCUUCCCCUUGCAUCACUUACAGUAUUUCUAUCCAGAGGAGCUGGACCAGUUGCUGUGCGGCAGUAAAUCAGAGACGUGGGAUGUCAAGACGCUGAUGGAGUGUUGUCGACCAGAUCAUGGAUACACCCAUGACAGUCGUGCCAUUCGGUUCCUGUUCGAGGUGCUGAGCAGCUUCGAUGCCGAGCAGCAGAGACUCUUCCUGCAGUUUGUCACAGGAAGUCCAAGGCUGCCCGUUGGAGGUUUCCGGAGCCUGAACCCUCCCUUGACAAUUGUGAGGAAGACAUUUGAGUCGACGGAGAACCCGGACGACUUCCUCCCUUCAGUCAUGACCUGCGUCAACUACCUGAAGCUGCCUGACUACUCCAGCAUAGAGAUCAUGCGAGAGAAACUGUUGAUUGCUGCUCGCGAGGGCCAGCAGUCCUUCCACCUUUCCUGAUCUCGCCACAUCUCACAUUAAAAUGCCUUCUACAGCGACUGAUGAAAUCAUUACUUCCUUAGUUUUUUGUAAUCUCAUACAUGAAGGCUAUUGACAUGGCCUUGUUAGAGGAAGCAGCUUGCAGAAAACUUCAGACUUUAAAUAUAUAUUUGCUGCCCUGUCUCUCAAAAAAUAUAUUAAAAAAAGGUUAAAAAAACAGGAAAGUUGUUCCAUGACUCAAGACUUCAAAUAUAAAAAAAGAGAAAAACUUAUAUCAGUAUAUGAGUAAUGUUAAAAAGAUGAAAACAUCUGGGUGACAUUUUAAAUUGCAUUGCAAUGUGAUAUUUAAAAAAAGGGAUGUCUCCUCUGCAGAGUGGUGGACAACUUACUGGGUGUUGGGGAGGAAAUGGGCGGGGGGAGGGUUCAUUGAGCAAGCUAGGUUUACUUUAGCUCCAAAGAUCAUUUGUACAGACAAAUUUGCAGACUUUGCUCAUUCUACACAUUUGAUAGGAUAGUUCUUUGUUUUCAUGUCUUUUCUCAGUUCACCACUUGGCAUUCUGGUCUGUAUUAUAUUGGCCCCGGAUUGUGUGUUGCAUUUUGGUUCAGCUUCCUCCCCCCUCGUGUGUGUCUUGUGAAAAUGACUGCUGCAGUUGGUUGAAUCAGGUAGUGUUGAUCAUAUUAUUUUUCCUGUUUUUCUGCCCAUCUACCCCGGUUGAGAUUGCAUUCUGGCCUCCUCCUAGAGAGCUUCAGCUUAAAUAAAAAUUGUAACCAGUGUGUUGAUUAGGUGAAUUUGUUUUGUUCCGACUUUGAUGGAGUUGGCGUCUUUCUGUUUGGCCCUACCGGACCUGUAGGGUAAUCUUGUUAGACCAAACUCUUGAGCACCCCCCUGGACACACAAUGUAGCUGGGCACAAAAUUUGGCUGGUCUCAUUUUAUCGUUUCAUGGCCAGAUAACAUUUCAAGUUCAUUUAUGGAAUAAAGUAUAUAUGCAGUUUCACACCCUGUUUGAGGUGGGAAUGUCUGCGUUACCUUUUUUAAUUUUAAUUUUCUAUAUUGUAUAUUUUUUUUUUCCUCCUUGCUGUAGUUUAUUUUUUUCUCUGCACUGCUGGCUUGGAACAAACCGUGGUGUGCACUUGCAGUCUGUGGCCAGGGGAGGGCGCCACUAUGCUUUCCUGGCCCAAUCGUUCAUGUGCUGGUUUCUAAGAUCUGCAAUAAUUUACUGCAUCAGGUUCUUGUUUUUACCUGAACAUAAAUAAAGUAACUGUUUGACUGAUA